UAUUAUGCGAUGUUUUUUUUUCGUUUUGACAGCGAUUGCGAUGUUUUCUGCCCUAUCAGCCGAUCAGCACGUUCGCGGGGGCGGAGCAUAACGGCGCAGAUGUAAACAAAGAGCAUUUAUCAGUAAAAAUGCAAACACCGGCGUACAGAUUGGAACCGGAGGAUUACGACCUCGUUUACGAACCGGCCGAGGACAGUUUCCUGCUGCUGGAUGCACUGGAAGAUGAGCUGGAGGCGAUCCGAAAACUUCGGCCGGCGGUGUGCGUCGAGAUUGGCCCCGGAAGCGGUAUUGUAAUCAGCGCAUUGGCGACGGCUUUGCGGGGAAGUUACUGCGUUGCGGUGGACAUAAACCCCCACGCGUGUCGGGUGACGCAGCGAACCGGGCGGUUGAAUGACUGCCGGCUGGAGGUGGUCAAUAUGGAUUUGUUGGGAGGCUUGGCGGAUGGCUGCGUCGAUUUGAUGGUGUUCAAUCCGCCGUACGUUCCGACGGCCGAGGAGAAUGGUGGGGACCUGGAGGAACAGAUUGGGGUGUUUGGGGAGGGUGGGCAUGAUUUGGUUAAAUCCUGGGCGGGUGGAUUCGAUGGGAUGGUUGUUACUAAUAGGGUUCUUAGGGAUUUGGAUAGGGUUUUGUCGAAGGAUGGGGUGUUUUAUUUGCUUCUGCUGAAGGAAAAUAAGCCUUUGAACGUUAUUAGUGUUUUAGGGGAGAACGGGUUUUUGGGUAGAAUAGUUAAGGAACGGAAAAUAAGGGGUGAACACUUAUUUGUGAUAAAAAUAAGUAGAAAGUGAAGGUUUGGUUUAUUGAGUUUAUUGUUUUCAUUUGACUGUAAAGUAUUUUAUUACAUUAUAGAAAGAUUUUCUGUAACUUUUUUGUAUAUACACUUAACAUAUAGCAAAAUAAAAUAGCUUUUACACAAGAAAAGAAG